AUGCCAGAAGCUUUUCACCAUCGACCAACACUAAAACAGACCAACAAAUCCUUCAAAUCCAAACAUGCAACGAAGUCAUCGUUGAAGGAACUUUCGAAGGGUCGUAUCUCUCGUCAAUCACCAAAAGCAGCUCCCUCCUCAAACGCUGCAGCCCAAUCCAAACUGAACAGGCGUAACAAUGCUAAGCAGUCGCAACUGAAAAAGCGAGAGGCCUUGGUCUCCGCGACUCGGGUUUUCAAUGGUGUAGGAGGUGCACCACGGAUCGUUGCGAUCAUACCACUCAGCGAAGAUGUCAGUGCGCGCGCCGUGGCCGCUGUACUUGCAGAGGCUAUUGAUACCCCGACGGUCUACAUACCAGAGCUUGGGGUCUGGAAGCUGAGAGCAGAACGAUUCAAAACAUCGAUUCAAUUCAUUCAUCUUCCCUAUCGUGACCUUUACGCUGCCCUCGAUGCGUGCAAAGUGGCCGACUAUGUCGUCUUUGCCUUAUCACCGGCCGUUGAAGUUGAUGGAUGGGGUGACAUGCUUCUACGAGCCCUUCAAGCCCAGGGUCUACCUGAAGUUGUAUCGGUCGUCGCCCCUGGUUUCCCAAUAGAUUCAAAGACACGACCUGGUAUCGUCAGAUCGCUCUUAUCCUUUGUGCAGUAUUUUUCUCCUGAACAGAUGAGAGUUUUCGACCUCAAUGCCGGACCUGAGCGACUGAAUGCGUUAAGGGUAUUGGCGGAGGGUAAGCCGAGAGAUGUACGGUGGAGGGAUGGUAGAGCAUGGAUCCUAGGAGAGGAUGUGGAGUGGAUAAACGGGGAAUUGGCUGUUACCGGUGUUAUCAGGGGUGCUCAACUUUCCGCGGACAGGCUUGUUCACUUGCCUAAUUUUGGCGACUUCCAAGUAUCCAAGGUUGUUUCAGCACCACUACCACGUUCCUCAAAAUCUGGACAUCUAAAUGCUAUGGAUGUGGAGCCGGUCCUUCUAGCGGAACCCAGUGUUGAGGAUGCUGAUUCAUUGGUUUCGAGUAAUGAUCCCGAUGACAUGGCUAAUGAGCAGACAUGGCCCACAGAAGAGGAGAUGCAUGGUCUAGAUGGCGUUGAUGAAACUUCUCAGUUACCAGAGGCAGAAAACGGGACGACGCCGAAAGCAGUGAAGCGGAUACCAAAGGGGAUGAGCGAGUAUCAGGCUGCGUGGAUUGUCGACGGUAGCGACGAUGAAAACGAGGAUGAGGACGCGGAGGGCAAGCUAGGUGAGGACGAGGAGAUGGAUCCCAUGGAGCAAGAAGAGAUGGUAGAUAUGCCCGUCUUUGAUCAAAAUAACGAGGAGGCUGUUAGUCGGAAGAGCGUAGUUUUCCAGGAUCUUGAUGUCGAGGAGGACGAACGACAGCUGGAUACAUGGCGCGCACGUCAACAUGAAGAGCAGGACGACCUUGAAUUUCCAGACGAAAUCGACACCCCAAAAGAUGUGCCCGCUAGGACACGUUUCCAGCGUUACCGAGGCAUGCGCUCAUUCCGCACGAGUCCCUGGGACCCGUACGAAAAUCUGCCUCGGGAUUACGCACGUAUCUUCCAAUUUGAGGACUUCAAGCGAACGGAGCGGGCUGUUCGGAGGCGUGCAGAGCAGGGUACCGGAGUCGGGCCAGGCACCAGGGUAACGGUGUUCCUGAAGGAUGUGCCUCAAGACGCUGCUCAACGAGACCCUCGGUAUCCAUUAGUCCUAUUCGGGCUUCUUCAACAUGAGCAUAAAAAAACUGUUCUCAACUUCACUGUCCAGCGAAAUACGGAGUUUGAAGGCUCCGUGCGAUCGAAAGAUCCCCUCAUUCUAUGUGUGGGACCUCGCCGACUGAGCGUCAAUCCAGUGUACAGCCAACACACACGUGGCGGCGGCAAGGGAGCGAACAAUGUACACAAGUUUGAGCGCUAUCUGCGGCAUGGGAGUACCUACGUCGCCACCAUCUAUGGCCCUGUAGUGUUCGGAAACCAGCCUUGCGUCUUACUUAAGGAAACGCCUGAUCCUCAAGCACCCCAGCUAGUUGCAAUGGGGUCAUUCCAGCAUUCUGAUACGACACGAGUCAUUACGAAGCGUCUUGUUCUGUCAGGCCAUCCAUUCAAAGUUCAUAAGAAGACAGCAACCGUCAGAUAUAUGUUCUUCAACAAUGAUGACGUUUUGUAUUUCAAACCUAUCCAAUUACACACGAAGCACGGGCGAGCUGGUCAUAUCCAAGAAUCGUUGGGUACUCACGGGUACUUCAAGGCCCACUUCGAUGGCCCUAUCAACCAAAUGGACACGGUGUGCAUGUCUCUAUACAAACGCGUCUAUCCGAGAUGGGCGGAGCUGUACAAAGAAAAGAGAGGCUCUCUGCCUCCUCCUUCGGAUGCUAUGGAGGAAUGA